AUGGAGUUCGUGGAAGGGAAGAUGAUCUCCUGCAAGAAACUCCUCAUCUUCCUGCUCUUCAGCCUCAUCUUCAGCUCCUGCCUCUUUGUUUCUUUUCAUCAGUUCAGGCCUUCUGAGCCAGACUGUUACAAUUUCAGUCCCUCUGCACCAACAGCCCAUGCUAGAAAUACCAGCAGCCCACCAAAGGGUGGACGUGGGCUGACCAUCCUGCUGUGGAAGUGGCCCUUUGGGCAGCACUUUAAAUUCAUAAACUGCUCGGAGCUUUACAGCACCCCAGAUUGCCACUUCACUGUCAGCCGUAGGUGGUCCCAAAAGGCUGAUGCUGUGAUUAUACAUCACAGGGAUGUGUGUGGGGACCCAGGGCGCCUGGCCCAGCUCCCCAGACACCCGUCUCAGCAUUGGAUCUGGUUCAACCUGGAGUCUCCAAGUCACUCACCAAACUUAGGUGCCAUGGACAACCUCUUCAACCUGACCAUGUCUUACCGCAGGGACUCAGACAUCUUCACCCCCUAUGGGGAGCUGCAGCUCCUUGGCCAGCCCCAGCUCCUCAGCAUCCCACCCAAGACCAAGCUGGUGGCCUGGGUAGUCAGCAACUGGAUAGUGGGCUCCCAUCGGGUGAAGUACUACCAGGAGUUGAAGAAACACAUUGAUGUGGAUGUCUUUGGGAAGCAUCACUUGCCCCUGCCCUGCGACAAGCUCCUCCCCACUGUAUCCCAAUACAGCUUCUACCUCGCUUUUGAGAACUCAGAGCAUGAAGACUACAUCACUGAGAAGCUCUGGAGGAACGCCUUGUCCUCUGGCACCGUCCCCAUUGUGUUGGGGCCUCCUCGAGAAAACUAUGAGCGCUUCUUGCCCCCUGACUCCUUCAUCCACGUCGAUGACUUCGCCAGUGCUGGGGACCUGGCACAGUACCUGUGGGAGCUGAGCAAGGACACCGAGCGAUACCAGCGCUACUUCCAGUGGCGCAAGUGGUUGAAACCUGUGGUGGGGGCCAACUGGUCCCUGCACGUCUGCAAAGCUUGUCGCUUCUUGCAGACGAUGGAGGCCAGGUACCAGGUUGUGCCCGAUCUGUCCAAGUGGUUUGUGUAA